GCUGCACUUCACUCACUGAAUGGGUGUUUGAAAAACAUUGCAAUCAAUUGAUUGACAGAUAAUUGCAAUCAAAGUAUUAUUGUUUCAUAAAUUGCUUAUAGUUUUGGUUGACGUCAAGAGUGUCCGCAGAUAUGGAUAACAAGGUCUCAUCCAAUGCUAACACAGCGGUCGACCCGAAAGAGGCCAAAGACGUGGUUCAGUUCGUGCAGACGCUGUUGCAAUCAGUUGAGGACAAGUUUCAGCAGAUGUCUGACCAGAUCCUGAGCCGCAUCGACGAGAUGGGCCACCGGAUCGACGACUUGGAGCACAACCUCAACGAAUUGGUCGCGCAGUCGGAUCUCACCGAAGACAACGUCAACACCAAUCAUAUGAUUAACUCAAACGCUCAACAAAUGAAUAAAUAAAAUGUAAUCUUCUCUCCGUUUAAAUCAUAACUUUAUUAUUAAUAUGAUUUUGUAUUUAAAUAUUUUGUUUUUCAUAUUUAAUUCCAGUUAUCCAUACAAAUAGCGUAUAAAAUCAUUAUAAAUCGUGUAAUAUAUUAAAAUAAUUUGUAGUAAACUUUUAAUUCACUUGAAUUGUUAACAUUACCCGAUGGACAGGUGUCUGAGCCUGUGGUGCAGCUAAUUAUCUGUAGAUUGUCUGCGAGUAAUAGCUGCGAAUUCGGGACAUCUUUCAGGGCAUCUGAUAUGGGAUUCUCUGUAAUCAAUAGUUUCUCCAAAUGUUUAGAUGGACUCAAAUUUGUCAAACUUUUCAAUUCGUAGAUUUCUGUUUAAUAAUC